UUUGGCCUCGCUCCCGCAGUCGGAGGCUUCAUAGCGGCCCCGUUCUUAGCGACGGGCGGCCGCUCUUGGGAAGGAGUGGUGCGUCACUUCUAUACAACAACACAAAAUUCCACCACUUUGUCUACUUCGUUUUAAAGAGUUUGGCUGAAGCUCGCUGGACGCGGCGAGGUGUGAUGCCCGCCGGCCCGCGCGGACGCUCACAAGAAGCCUAAUGCGCCACCGCGGGGCAGGCGAGACGCACACGGAGCCCGACCGAGGCGGGGGCGAUGCUGCCGGGCGGUGCGUCCAGGCAAGCAAGGGGGCUCCGUACGUGAGUAGGCCGCCGCCGCGACGCACCCGCCCGCCCAACGCCACCAGCGUAGCCUCGCCGCCGCCGCACACAUGCACGCCAAGAAGCGCUACCUGCUGCUCGCCAUCGCCGCGGCCGCCUGCUGCCUGGCGCUGCUGUCGGUCGCCACGCUUCUGGGCGCCGUGGCCACGGGCGCGAGGUCGCGUUGGGCCCCCCGCUCUCGCCUAGCGCAGCAGCGGGGCCACGCGUGGCCCCGCUGGGAGGGGGCGCCGCUGCCGCCGGCCUUGCUCGGCGGCAACAGCGACGGAGCGGCGGGACCGUCGUCGCCGGGUUCGUCCUGGGAGGAGGAUGACGACGAAGGAGGGCAGCUGCAGCAGGGACACGGGCUGCACGGGCAGCAGCAGCAGCAGCCGAGGGAGAGGCACCGAGUGUCGCGUCGCGGCAGCAGCGCGUACCGGGGCCGGCGCUGCCGCAUGGAGACGUGCUUUGACGCGACGCCGUGCCAGAAGCACGGCUUUUCCGUAUACGUGUACCCGCGCGCAAAGGGCGACAAGGUGUCGGAGACCUACCAGAAGAUCCUCACGUCCAUCGAGGAGUCGCGCUACUACACGACGGACCCGAAGAAGGCGUGCCUCUUCGUGCUGGGCAUCGACACGCUGGACCGCGACCGCCUCUCGCACCAGUACGUGCACAACGUGCGCGCCCGAGUCGCCGCACUGGCGCACUGGAACGGCGGUCGGAACCACCUGGUGUUCAACCUGUACUCGGGGACGUGGCCGGACUAUGCCGAAGAGGACCUGGGCUUUGACACGGGCCAGGCCAUGCUGGCCAAGGCGAGCGUGAGCGUGGACAGCCUGAGACCCGGCUUCGACGUGUCGCUGCCGCUCUUCUCGCGGGAGCACCCGCGCACGGGCGGCGAGCCGGGCGCGCUGCGCGCCAACAACGUGCCCCCGCUGCGCCACCACUUGCUCGUCUUCAAGGGCAAGCGCUACCUCACGGGCAUCGGCUCGGACACGCGCAACGCGCUGCACCACGCGCACAACGGCCGCGACGUGCUGCUGCUCACCACGUGCCGCCACGGCAAGGACUGGGCGAGGCACAAGGACGCGCGCUGCGACGCCGACAACGCGGAGUACGAACGAUACGACUACAAGGAGAUGCUCUACAACUCCACCUUCUGUCUCGUCCCGCGGGGCAGAAGACUCGGAUCCUUCAGGUUCCUUGAGGCUCUGCAGGCGGCGUGUGUGCCUGUGCUGCUCAGUAACGGCUGGGCCUUGCCUUUCUCGGAGGUCAUCGACUGGAACAAAGCGGCCGUCAUCGGAGACGAGAGGCUGCUCCUCCAGAUCCCGUCGACAGUGCGGUGGCUCGAUCACGACCGCGUGCUUGCCAUGAGGCAGCAGACGCAGCUCCUGUGGAACGCGUACUUCUCUUCCAUCGACAAGAUCGUGCACACCACGCUCGAGAUCGUGCGGGAGCGUGUGGCCGGAGUGGCAGUGCGCCCGGCGGUUGUGUGGAACCACCCACCCGGCGGUCUCCACGUGCUGCCCGGCUUCUCGUCCGCCCUGGCGCACUACCCCUUCUACCACGCCUACCUGGGCCAGAGCCCCGAGCCCAAGUUCACCGCCGUGAUCCACGCCACUUCGCCGCUCCUCGUGCAGUCGCAGCCGAUCAUCAAGCUCAUCCAGGCGGUCGGCAAGUCCAAGUUCUGUGCCCAGGUGCUCGUCCUGUGGAACUGCGAUCGUCCACCACCCGCAAGAAGCCUCUGGCCAGUGCUACCCGUGCCUCUCAUCAUCUCAGAGCCAGCCACGAAGACGAUCAGCAGCCGCUUCGUGCCGCACGAGGCCGUGACGACAGACGCCGUCCUGAGCCUCGACGAGGACACCGUGCUGUCCACGGACGAGGUGGACUUUGCGUUUGUAGUGUGGCAGAGUUUCCCGGAGCGGAUCGUGGGAUACCCGGCCCGGAGCCACCUGUGGGACAGCAGCAAGAGCCGCUGGGGCUACACGUCCAAGUGGACAAACCACUACUCCAUGGUGCUAACGGGAGCCGCGUUCUACCACCGAUACUAUAACUACCUGUACACGCAUGCGCUGCCGGCAUCGCUGCGGGAGAUGGUGGACUCGCUGUCCAACUGCGAGGACAUCCUCAUGAACUUCCUCGUGUCGGACGUCAUAAAGAUGCCACCCAUCAAGGUCACACAGAAGAAGCAAUACAAGGAGGCCAUGAUGCAGGGCUCAAAACUGUCACGCUGGGCCGACCCAGACCACUUCGCUCAGCGACAGAGCUGCAUGAACGCGUUCGCCACGUGGUUCGGCACCAUGCCGCUGCAGCACACGCAGAGCCGCAUGGACCCACUGCUCUUCAAGGAUCAGGUCUCUAUCCUGCGCAAGAAAUACCGCGACGUCGAGCGCCUCUGAGCUCCCCACACCACCACCACCACCUCCAGGCUCUCUCGCUGGCUCAGUCUCGCUUGCCGGCUGGCACCGAGGAUAGCUCGCGGGUGCACAGAGUCUCGUUCACUGGCUGGCUCAGUGGAAGGCUCGCUGGCUGGCUCCGCUGGCUGGCUCGGUGGCUGGCUCGGUGGCAUGUCGUCUCUCACAUGCUGGCUGGCUCAGUGGCUCGUUGCUUUGGCUCGGUGGUUAUUCCGCGCGCCCGUUGGGCCCUUUUGGUGCGGAGUCUCCGUAUCGGAGAAGCCGUUCCUGAAUCCGAGGAGGAGAACGGGAGGCUGGAAGCCGCAGACUAUAGACAAAAAGGACUAUGGCUGACCUCCCAACAUAACUAAGCAAGCCCAUCGACCAAUCAUGUGAUCGCACACACACACCCGUCGACCAAUCACGUGUUUGCUUCGAUGGACCGAAGGGAGAGAAUCGAAGGGUUUUUUUUUUACAAAAAAAAUGCCAAACUAUAAACAAGCCUGAGUGGAAGUGAGCGUGCUGACUUACUUGACGCUGAACUCUUGAGGUACACAAAUCAGUACAAAAAUAAUAGUUUUUAUUAUGACAAUUUGUUUUCUUAUUUACGUUUUUUUACAAAAAACUGACAAGAUGAAAAUACUAAAAAAUUAAAAUGGUACCUUGAAGAGGGAAAAAACAUGGUCGUAUAAUUUUUUAUUAACGUGAAAAAAAUCACUUUAACACUAGAAUUUCACUUUCUUUUGACAAAGUCAAGAAAUAAUGAAACACACCUGUGCUGUUUGAAGUCAAGUGACGGAAGUUGGGGUCACUUUCAGAGAGCCGCGCUGCUAGCAUCAUUAUUUAAUUGCAGUUUAUUUGCCCGUUCAUCUCAUGCAUUCCUUACAAUACAAUUUACAGGUAUCUUGCAAAAACUAUAAUUCCUGUCAGUUGAAACAAAUGUGUGCAGGCCGAGGUAAUAAUCAAAGCAUAUAUGCUAUACAUUUGUUUUUACCAACUUGUGUUGCAUUGCAUCAUGGGAAACAUGAAAUAAUGUUUGUGGUGCACACCGGAAAUGCAGUGUGGCCUCUAAAUAUAAUCAUGUUGAUGUCGGUAUGUGUUGUUUAAUAAUAAUUGUAUAAACUGAGCCAUUGGCUUGGCCAGGCCAGUUUUAUAAAACUUCUUUUUGUUAUUACGAUGCUGGUAAAACAAUGUCGAUUUUAGACUGUUUAGCAGAUGACUGGCUUGUAAUCAUGUCCUGCAUGGCUUCUUCAUACUCUUGAUAUGAUGCCAGUCUUUUUAAGUUAUCGGUACUGCUCAUUUACAUAUUUAAUUUCGUUUUUACUCUUGUAGUUGUUACAAUUGUAAAGCAAUUUGUGAUUUACAUUCGUUUCGAUACAAUAGUUCCGGCCGUUUAGUUAUAAUUUUAUUUUUGUUCCAUUACUACAUUUGUAUUCGUUAUUUUGAAAAUAAGUUAUUGAUAAUUUUGUUUUUAAUUUUAAUACCAUUACGGUUAUUUUAGGCACCAUGAAUCUGAAAAAUGACAUUAUUUAAUAUGAAUAUUGAAGAUGUCAUUGCCAUUAUUAUUAUUAUUAUGGCGCUCCAUGGCCUCAGGCCGAAGUAAUCAUUUGCCUUGAGUGGAGGUCUUUCAUUCAGGACUUACCGUCUGCAAACUUAAAGGGUUAAAUCACAACGGUGUUGUUGAUAAUCACCGGAAUUGCUCAUUUGCCGUCCACACUUUCCCUGAAGCGAGCAGCCAUGGCUGCUUGUUGGCGUCGAUAUGGGAAGGCUUCCGUCCACCAGUGGAUUUAGAAUAGAUGGCACCGUUCAUGGAGAUACACUUGAGUGCAGUGGAGGUUAAUAUCUUGCCUUUACGGCCACUCGGCUGGUAGGUUGGAUAUGUGACCACAUGACUGCUCAAAAUUACAACCUCAUUGGACGCCUGUGUGGCCCACUAAUUAUUUGAGCAUUUUGAUAUCUGGCUGUCUCUCUGGUUGAGUAGACUUGUCUGGUGGUUCACAUUGUCUGGUUGGUUGACCAAAUAGUUGGCUAGCUGGCUUAUCUGGUGGCUAAUAACUGAUUGACCCUCGUUGACUAGUGGGAUAAAUUAGUUAUAUGGUUGGCUGUCUAAAAGGCGGUCUGUCAGAUCAGCUAACGUAUGAGUGGCUUUAUUGGCUAUUUCAAUGAUCGAAUAUCUGAUUGGAGAUCCAUCUUCGUAACUGUCUUCUUGAAUCGCGUGACAGUUGGCUCACUGGUUGACUAGGUGGUUGACUGAUCAAACGACUUUACUGGAUGAAUUUUGGAUGAAGUAAAUCUGAAAAUGAUACCAUAAAUGAGACACUAGCGAGACAGCGUUUGUACGCCAUAAAACCGUUUUUAUUUCGUUCUGGAUUAUUAUUAUUUUUUUACGGUCCAUCAUUGCAGAGAGCAGCUUGCUUUAUAGGUUCCAGAGUGAAUUGAAACUCAGAAAAUGGACUGGUCUUACCCAGCUUGUCGGUUCUAUGCAAGCAUGAAGGUUGCGCCCUCUCGUGAAGACAGUGCUUCAAGCUUUCCAGUCUCAACGCUGCAUGAUGUGAAAUGCGCACAAAAACAAACGAACGGGGGAAACAUUUCUCAUUGAACAAAAAUCAACAGUGGUGACGUUGUGUGCAUUGCUGAAAGAAUUGGAGGAGUGAUACGUUGGCGACUGUAAAAAAUCAUGUUUGCUGGAAAAUAAACAAAUUGAAGAAAAAUUU